GCCGAAGCGCGGAGCUCACAUGUAUAUACGUAGCUUGCGCAUGUGUACGAUACCCUACUAACUUAGUAUUGAAUAUCUGAAUAUGUCAGUCGUGUGACCUGGUGUGACUGCACAUUAUAAGUGAAAAUAUACACAAAGGAUACUCAAUUCAAAUUAUUUUGACUGAAAACAUUGCAUAUAGCAAAAUAAUAAUCUAUUUUUAAACAGGUACUUGAAUAAAUCAUUUAUCAAUGUCGGAAAUCAAAGAUAAUUCCGACAUUGCAGAAGCAACAAAUGCUGCUUCGAGUACUACAUCUGCAACAGAAAAGCAAUGUACAAAUGAAAGAAAAAUACCAUGUAUUAUUGUACUUGGAAUGGCUGGUGCUGGAAAAACAUCAUUCGUGUCCAAACUUGUUUCUAGAUUGUACAAUAUAGGAAAGCCAUAUGUCAUUAAUUUAGAUCCAGCUUGUAGAGAGGUUCCAUAUCCUGCUAAUAUAGAUAUAAGAGACACAGUGAAUUACAAAGAAGUAAUGAAGCAAUACAAUUUGGGUCCAAAUGGUGGCAUAGUUACAAGUUUAAAUCUUUUUACUACAAAGUUUCAUCAAGUCAUUGAACUUAUUGAUAAAGCUAGCAAUGAACACAAUUAUGUGAUUUUGGAUACACCAGGACAAAUUGAAGUCUUUGCGUGGUCGGCCAGUGGCUCAAUUAUAACGGAAGCAUUAGCAUCUCAAUUUCCAACCGUUAUUAUAUAUGUAAUUGAUAUUGUGAGAAGUGUUAAUCCCGUCACAUUUAUGUCUAACAUGCUAUAUGCUUGUUCUAUACUUUAUAAAACUAAAUUACCUUUUGUCAUAGUCAUGAAUAAAAUUGAUGUUGUUGAGCAUACUUAUGCAAUUGACUGGAUGCAUGAUUUUGAAGCCUUCCAAGAAGCACUUGAUAUGGAAAGCGGUUACAUUAGCAAUUUAACGCGUAGUAUGGCAUUAGCCCUUGAAGAAUUUUACAAUCACUUGCAGUGCUGCGGCGUUUCUGCAGUAACAGGUGCUGGAAUUGACGAAUUUCUGGAAUUAGUUGACACUGCUGUGAAAGAAUAUGAAACAGAUUACAAAAAGAAUUGGGAAAAAAUUAAAACAGCGAGGGAAGCUGAGCGAAAAAAGACAGAGAAGGAACAAUUAGAGAAGGCUAGUAAGAAAGCAAUGGGAGAAGCUGUACCUUUUGUAUCAGCAGUUAACAAUGGUCGUGAGAUCUCGGAAAUCUACCUAAAACAUGCAUGUAAUGAAUCGAGUGAAGACGAAGAUGGAACAGAAAACGAUUUCAAGGAAGAUGAAAAAGUAGAAGAUAAAGAAGAGGAGUUAUUUAAAAGUUUUUUAGAAAGACAUAAAAUGGAACAAAUUAAACGAAAAAAUAAUCAACAAUCUGAACCUAGUACAAGUAAAAAUUGAUAACUAAUAUGUUCUAUGUAAUUUUAUAAAAUUCUUAACAAAAACAUUACAACAGAG